AUGAGAUAUCUACUAGCCGCACCAAAUAGGAUAGCUGGAGUUCGAUGGAUUAUACAUUACUUAUUUGUGAUCAAUGUUCUCGAUGGGUAUAAAAUCAAGCGAGCUGCAAAAGACCUUGAAAGCCAGCUGUACGAGGAUUUGCUAUUUGAUUAUAACAAGGUUCCAAGACCGGUUAUGAACAGCUCAGAUAUAUUAACUGUCGAUGUAGGAGCAUCUCUUAUCAGAAUUAUAGAUGUAGAUGAGAAAAAUCAAGUUCUAACAACUAAUUUAUGGUUAGAAAUGAAAUGGAACGAUGCGAAGCUCACGUGGAGCCCGGAAAAGUACGGUGGCCUCAAAACACUUCAUAUACCUAGCGACUUCAUCUGGACCCCUGAUUUGGUGCUAUAUAACAAUGCUGCUGGAGAUCCGGAUAUUACAAUUCUAACAGAUGCACUUGUCACUUACGAAGGAGACGUGUUCUGGCAGCCACCAGCCAUCUACAAAUCUUUCUGUCCGAUUGAUGUGACGUGGUUUCCCUAUGAUUCGCAAAAAUGUGAAAUGAAAUUCGGCACAUGGACAUAUACUGGUCGAUAUGUUGACUUGAAGCAGCUUCCAAAAGAGGAAGUUGUAACGAUCACGAAGGAAGGAAAUGAUGUUGAAUUCAUGCAGCAAGGGAUGGAUUUGAGUUUCUUCUAUCGUUCUGCGGAAUGGGAUCUUUUAUCGUUGACAUCCGAAAGACAUUCAGUUUUAUAUGCAUCAUGCUGCGGACCUGAGAAAUAUGUCGAUAUUACUUAUUACUUUGGAUUAAGAAGGAAAACAUUGUUCUUCACUUGCAAUUUGAUAGUUCCAUGUUUUCUGAUUUCAAUCCUUACCACCUUUGUGUUUUACCUGUCAGACCACAAAAUCACCUUCUCAAUUUCCAUAUUGGUCACAUUGACUGUGUUCUUCUUGGUAUUGAUCGAUUUGAUGCCACCAACGAGUUUGGUCAUACCAAUGUUUGGAAGAUAUCUAAUCACCACCAUGAUUCUUGUCGCCUUGUCUACAGUAGUCUCUGUGAUAACAGUCAAUUUUCGAUUUCGCUCCGGAUCGGCUCACAAAAUGUCACCUUGGAUUCAAGCGGUGUUUCUCAAAUUUCUUCCACGAAUUUUGAUGAUGAAACGGCCAGAGAAGAAUGAAUCAACACGGAAGCCAUCUUUGGUCAAUGCUGCAAGCCUUGUUGGCGCCAAUUAUGUAGCCUCAGCAAGAGCGGCGAAAGAGUACCAAAAGGAAAAAAGAAAUGAGCAAGCGAAUGUUCGCGUGAAAGCGAGCUCUCAAGCUGUGCUCAACAACACAUUUGAUAUGAGAGUUCGCGAUUCGGAUAGCACGGUGGAAACGAAGCUCAAACCUUACUUAUGUGGGCGGCAGAGCAGUACUGCACCAACAGUGGCUUUUCGGAAAACGAAGAAGAAGAAAAGUAAAUCGAUGGACGAUGUCGUUUUUAUCAACUUAUUAAAUCAAGUUCGAUUUAUUGCGGAACAUUUUCGUCAUAAUGAAAUCGAAGGAGACAUAUCUGACGAUUGGACAUUUGUCGCAAUGGUCCUUGAUCGACUGUUUCUUAUCAUCUUCUCUGUUCUUAAUGUAGGAACGAUAUUCAUAAUCCUCGAAUCGCCAUCGCUUUAUGAUUACUCAGAGCCCAUGAACAUUACGGUCCCUAACAAACCUCUAGGUCAAGCCAACUUUUACAGCUCUAGUCUUAAAUUGUAG